CUUAUUUUCAGAACAAAGUUUUCCUGCUGCAUUUAGCCAUCGUUACUUCCCUUUGCGUUAUUGGUAAUGGAGCACCAACGGCCUCGGCUAAACCAGUUAGCGUAACAAAAUCAAUCAGCGUCACGACAGACGAACCCAUCAAAGAAUACACAAAAGAUGAUAAAGCCAAAGGUGAACCAGCUUCCCCGCUUCAAUCCGCUUAUUUUGCAGAGAUACAAAAGUCAAUGCGCGCUCUCCCGAAUGAAAAUAACAUUAAAUUAGCGAUGGGGUACUGCUUCUUGCGUCAAUGCAGCCAUUUAUUAAAAUGCAGCAACAUGAUUCUUGGGUACGAAAUUUGGAAAGCUCAGAAUAUUCGUCCUGUCACUUUGCUUACGAGUGUAGGGCCCUUGACAGCGUAUUGCUCAAAUGGAGAUUGUUCGACGGUCAUUGAAGAUUACGAGCGUUGGCGCGAGGAAAACGGAUACGGAGUGGAUGGGGGAAGAUGGGGAUGAAAGGCACCGACCGCUUGGACAACAAUCAAAUUAUCAUUACUAAUUACCAGAAAAUUCAUAUUUAUGGAUAAAAUAAUGAUUUAGUUCAAAAUUCAAAAACAUCCAUUAUUACAACCGUAUUACAGACAUUAAUUUUCGUAAUAACAGUAGUCAGUAUUAGAAUGACAAUAGCUUUAGAUUGGUGAUCUAUUUUGAAGUUAGGAACCUUUUAUGUAAAAUAUUAAUUAAAUGAUGUAUCAUUUUACAAAAUCGGUCAACUUUUACCCUGGGCGGAAAAUUUUGAUUUAAAAUAACGAAGGGAGCUGUUUUUAAGUCAGAACUGCAAAACGAAUGCUUAAACUCUGGCCUCUAAGCUCAGGGUAAAUGUUUGCCGAUUUAC